AUGGCAAACCAGGAAUUGGCAUGCGUUUAUGCGGCACUUAUCUUGCAAGAUGAUGAAGUUGCAAUCACUGGUGAUAAGAUUUCAACUAUCUUGAAGGCUGCACAUGUUGAUGUGGAACCAUUCUGGCCAGGAUUGUUUGCUAAGGCCCUGGAAGGCGUUGAUGUGAAGUCACUGAUAACGAGCAUCUCUUCAAAUGUGGGUAGUGGCGGUGGUGCAGCAGCAGCAGCAGUAACAGCACCUGCAGCAGCUCCAACAGCGGCACCUGCAGCAGCGGCUGGAGAGCAAAAAGAGGAUAAGAAGGAAGAACCAAAAGAGGAAUCAGAUGAUGAUAUGGGUUUUGGUCUUUUCGAUUAA